ACCCCAUUCUCCGCAGCCUCGGCGUUUUCCCAUUUUGAUUUUGUAGUGUUAUUCUUCCUUCUUCAAGGUUCAAAUUUAGCUUUAGCUGUGAUUAUACAUACAUCGAUCGAUACACAUAUAGAGAUGUGGCGGAGCGUGACACGUGGCCUUCGCAUUCCAUCCCGCCGAUCGAUCUCCGGCAACAGAUUAUUCUCAUCUCAAUCGGACACGGGACGGUCAUCGUAUACGAUUGUGGAUCAUACAUAUGAUGCGGUAGUGGUUGGAGCAGGAGGUGCUGGACUUCGAGCUGCUAUAGGGCUGUCUGAGCAUGGAUUCAAUACUGCUUGUAUUACCAAGCUGUUUCCGACUCGUUCACACACUGUUGCUGCUCAGGGUGGAAUUAAUGCUGCUUUGGGGAAUAUGACCGAGGAUGACUGGAGGUGGCACAUGUAUGACACAGUAAAGGGAAGCGACUGGUUAGGUGACCAGGAUGCUAUCCAAUACAUGUGUAGAGAAGCACCAAAAGCAGUAAUCGAGCUUGAGAAUUACGGACUACCAUUUUCUCGAACCGAAGAAGGAAAAAUAUAUCAACGCGCAUUUGGCGGUCAAAGUCUCGACUUUGGAAAAGGUGGGCAGGCAUAUCGAUGUGCAUGUGCUGCUGAUAGAACCGGGCAUGCUCUGUUGCAUACCCUCUAUGGUCAGGCCAUGAAACAUAAUACACAGUUUUUUGUUGAAUAUUUCGCUUUGGAUCUAAUCAUGGGAAGUGAUGGAAGUUGCCAAGGCGUUAUUGCACUGAACAUGGAAGAUGGGACAUUGCAUCGAUUCCGUUCUUCUUCUACAAUCCUUGCAACUGGGGGAUAUGGUAGAGCGUAUUUCUCGGCAACUUCUGCUCACACUUGCACAGGGGAUGGAAAUGCAAUGGUUGCUCGUGCAGGUCUUCCUCUUGAGGAUCUUGAGUUUGUACAAUUUCAUCCAACUGGUAUAUACGGUGCUGGUUGUCUCAUUACUGAAGGAUCCCGUGGUGAAGGUGGUAUUUUAAGGAACAGUGAAGGGGAGAGAUUUAUGGAACGAUAUGCCCCCACAGCUAAAGAUCUUGCAUCAAGAGAUGUUGUGUCGAGGUCAAUGACAAUGGAAAUCCGAGAAGGUCGUGGUGUAGGGCCCAUGAAGGACCACAUUUACCUUCACUUGAAUCAUCUACCACCAGAAGUUCUCAAGGAGAGGCUUCCCGGUAUUUCCGAAACUGCCGCCAUUUUUGCUGGUGUUGAUGUUACAAAGCAACCGAUUCCAGUUUUACCUACAGUUCAUUAUAACAUGGGUGGUAUCCCAACAAAUUACCACGGAGAGGUGGUUACGAUAAAAGGUGAUGAUCCUGAUGCAGUUGUACCUGGACUCAUGGCGGCUGGAGAGGCAGCAUGUGCCUCUGUUCAUGGUGCCAAUCGGCUUGGUGCAAAUUCUCUUCUUGACAUUGUUGUUUUCGGUCGAGCCUGUGCAAAUAGAGUUGCACAGAUCCAUAAGCCUGGGGAGAAGCAAAAGCCAUUGGAAAAGGAUGCAGGAGAGAAGACUCUUGCAUGGUUAGACAAGAUCAGAAAUUCAAACGGCUCACUUCCUACUUCUAAGAUCAGAUUAAACAUGCAGCGUGUAAUGCAAAACAAUGCUGCUGUGUUUCGGACUCAGGAGACAUUAUUAGAAGGAUGCAACCUGAUUGACAAAGCAUGGGAGAGCUACCACGAUGUUAAGUUGAAGGAUCGAAGCUUAAUAUGGAACUCCGACUUGAUAGAAACAAUAGAGUUGGAAAACCUCUUGAUCAAUGCGUGUAUCACCAUGCAUUCAGCUGAAGCUAGGAAAGAGAGUAGAGGAGCUCAUGCUCGUGAAGACUUUUCGAAAAGAGAUGAUGAAAAUUGGAUGAAACACACACUCGGAUACUGGGAGAAUGAGAAGGUGCGACUGGAUUACAGGCCGGUACACAUGAACACUCUAGAUGACGAGGUCGAGACUUUCCCUCCUAAGGCUCGCGUGUAUUAGCAAUCUCGCAGUGAUUUUAGUCGUUGGUGAUCGAGAAAUGGCUUUUUGCUUGUUCUAAAAAGUUAGCAAUAAUUUACAUCAACUGCCAAAUUUUGUUAAUAAAUUGUUGCAUUUGUUGAAUUUUGGUGCAACGCCAAAGACAAACCUGCAUAUAAAGCCAUUUAAAACACAGCCUUUGUUGUAAUUUAUGUUGGAGAGUAGAGUAAUGCCCUUUUUUGCUUUUGUUUGAAACCCUGCAUUAAACUGUUUGUUUAUUGUCAUCCAUGGAAUAAGAUGUGUGUGUCGUAUAUUUUUGUUCUGAA